AUGCUGUGGGUUGGACCUUGGGGCUCACCCCGAGGUGAUACCGGCGCAGCCAGCAGUGAUAGCGAGGUGCUGCGCAAGGAGGCCAUGGACCGGCCAUGGACCCAUGGGGUGAAGGGUGCUGCCAGCUGCAGCGAGCAGGAGGACUGGUGGACUUGGUUCCUCACGUGGUGUAGCUGCGGCCUGGAGCAAGUCACCGUUCUGAUCCUGGAAGCAUCCAAGUUUCAAAGUUUCACUCUUCGGCUGUUUGCCGUUCGUUUCCCAUUGCGCUUCAAAGCAGCAAGUGUGGCACGUGUGAUAUUGGUAGCAUUAGUUGCCCCAGUUGCUCACUUGCCAUCUUCCAGAUGGCUAUCAUUUGCAGCCCCUUUCACAUGA